AUGCUCUCCAAACUUUCACUACCAAAUACGACACCAAGAGUUGGAGAACAGGAACAAAUAGGAGGUGCUAGUGUUCGUGUGGUACAAAAAACCAAUGAAAAGGCCGGAGGACGCUACAUUGGAAUGGUCGAGACAGUAACACUUGAUCUACAAUUGUCGAAAUCUCUGACAGCUGAUCCACAAUGUGCAGAAAUAUUUGCUGAUACUCUAGUACAGCUAGUUAAAAAACAUGACCCAUUCAAAACACCUCAAACAAGAGCUGGUUUGGUUUUUGAUUCCGAUGAAAUUUUCGACGCUGUAGGAUUGACUUUUCGUGAAAUUAAGAAAGUCAGGGCAAGUGAAAUUGUUGAGAGCAUGUCACGAAUGUCUCAGUCGAGCAGAUCUCCACUCGAACUAGAUGUCCCGAACAUUUCUGUGCGAAUUACCUACCUGAACCCUCCAGCAGGUAGUGGAAAACGAAAGUUUGACACAGGUAGUAUCAUGGAUCUCACUACUUUCGAGAAACGCCCAAAACUCGACGAAAGUUUGGACAAUGUGGAAUCAGAGAAAACAAAACGUUCGAACAUGAUGCCAAACGAAGUUUUGGAGGAUUGUCUGUUCCAUGCACUCCACCAAGCACUCAUGUAUAACCGGUGGAAACAGAGUAAGUCUUUGGAAGAUUACAACAAAUACCGGAGUUCGAUAAGAAAAACUUACAAAAAACCAGGAUUAUGCUGCGAUGUCUAUGAGGCUGUGAAAGCCAUGAAAGAGGAGGCAGAAAUGACAAAAUCCAACAAUUUCGACUUAAUAGAUGUUGAUCACUUGCAAAAAACAGUUUUUACUGGAAAGUACCAGAUAAUUGUAUUUUGUCAAAACUCAACAACACCUUACUAUAGAGGUCCAUACGUUGGAGAGAAAAAAAGUCUCGUGCUUUACCUCAGCAACGGUCAUUAUAACGGUGUGAGAAGUAUAUGUGCCUUACUAAAAACCAGUUACUAUUGUUUUCUGUGCAAUAGUAGGACAGAAAACGCCAUCACCCACUACAGCUGUCCUCUUCUCCAUCGUCUGUGUGGUAAAAAGAAUUGCCCAGCUGUGAAGGAAGGAGAACAAAAGAAAUGCGAAAAAUGCACUGUUGUGUUUCGAUCAAUCCAGUGCUACGAAAACCACAUAGCUAAAGGACCGAAUGGAGGUAAAAGUCGAUGCGACUACACAUCUGUUUGUAAGAAGUGUGAUGGUAUUUACUAUACAAACAAAAGAAAGAACGAUCAUCAAUGUGGAGCAAAGUGGUGUUCCAGAUGUAAUUGCAAAAGAACGAACCCACAUAAAUGUAAUAUGCCAAAAGCGGUGAAGAAUGAAAAGAAGUUGACAAGAAAACGAGUCUAUUUUGAUAUUGAGAGUAGAGCCGAUGAAUCAACAGGACAACAACAUCCCGUUUUGUUCGUGGCUCUUCGUUGCUGUCCAAAGUGUUCAUCUAACAUACCAAAAUGUCUACAGAGUUUGAAAAAUGAAACAUGUCAACAUUGUGCACCAGAUGGACGUCUAAAAAUAAUUGAAUGCAUCACAUUAGAGAACCGUCAUGUGAAUGUUGGAUCUCAGAUGACAAAAUGGUUAUUCGCGGAUCAACACAGAGGAAGAGUUGUUGUGGCACACAACGCUUCAGGGUACGACGCACAGUUCAUUUUGGAAAACAUGAUUGCAAGCAACACUGCAAAACCAAAAAUCAUUUUGGAAGGAACAAAACUUGUAUUUCUCGAGUAUAACGGAGUUCGACUUUUGGACUCCAUGAAAUUUUUGACAAUGAGUCUAGCCUCAUUGGGUAAAUCAUUUGAAGUUGAUUCAGUCAAAGGAGAUUUUCCGGUUCUCUUCAUCAAACCAGAACAUUACAACUAUAACGGCAGUAUUCCAGACGACAAGUGGUACAAUCUGGAAAACAAAUCUUCUUCUGUAAAGAAACAGAUUUUGAACUUCCUUGAAAAUGAGAGAAAUUCAAACAAAACAUUCAAUUUUGUUGAUGAGAUCAUGAGGUAUUGCUACAACGACGUGUAUAUACUAGCAAAAGCUAUGGAUAUUUUUGAGAAAGAGUUCGAGACUAUGACAGAUGUAUGUCUUUUGGAGGAAUCCACGACAGCCGCGUCAGCUGCUGCGUUAGUAUUCCGCCGAAACCAUCUCGACCCAGAAAAACCGAUUGUUUUAGAUGUAAAACCGUCGGUUUCCAUCAAAUGUUCCGUAAUAAGUCAAAAAUAUUUGGCAUGGUUCAGCAAAAAAGAAAAUGUUUCACUGAACAUGUCAACAACGUAUGGAGAAGAAAAGAUCGGAAAGUAUCGUGUAGAUGGUUUUGUUUCACCAUGUGAAAAGUAUCCUGAUGGAUUGGUGAUUGAGUUCUUUGGCUGCUAUUGGCAUGCACAUAGUUGCAGUUAUUCUCAAGAAUCCGUGAUCGGUGACUUGAGUGCCAAAGAGAUUUGGGCACGUGAUGACGAACGGUUAAAGUAUUUGAGACGGAAACAUCCAGUCAAAGUUGUAUGGGAAUGUGAAGUGAAUCAGGAACUUUGUGAAAACCAAGAAAUGCACGACUUCUUUGAAAACUAUGAACCGGUGGAUAUUCUACAAAGCGAAAAAUCACUAGCCGGAGGGAGAACUGAAGUUUUCCGAUUGUACAUGAACAACGAAAAAAGAACCUUACGGUAUUUGGAUGUUGUCAGUCUUUAUCCCACCGUCAUGAAGCAUGAAGCGUAUCCAAUUGGUCCCCCAGAGAAUAUUUCACGAAGUACCAUCAAAACACCAAUGACUCUUCCGGAACACAUCACAUUCAGAGGUUUUAUCAGCUGCAACGUAUUACCCCCACGACAUCUACGAUUACCAGUACUACCCAUAAAAUAUGGGGGUAAACUGUUGUUUGGACUUUGUAAACAAUGUUGCAAGGAAAGUAACCAAUCGGAUUGCAAACACAACAACGAAGAACGUUCUUUCAAUGGCACAUUCACAACGGUGGAACUCCAAAAGGCUCUGAGCGUGGGUUAUAUCAUAAACGAUAUUUAUCACAGUGUCAAAUAUGAACACUGGGUUCAGAACAAUGAAAAGGGAGAAGGAGGCCUCUUUACAUCAUUUAUCAACCAGAUGAUGGAAGAAAAAAUUUAUAGCUCAGGUUGGCCUUCAAAUGUCAAGACCGAUGAAGAGAAAGAUGCGUUUUGUAAAGCUUAUUUAGAAAAGGAACACAUCCAUCUGAGUGACCGAAACCGUUUUAAAAAGAAUCCAGGAAAAAGAGCAGUUGCCAAGUUGAUGCUGAAUUCAUUGUGGGGAAAGUUCGCACAAAACGUUGAUCGAGAGUCCACGGAAAUUGUCAUAGACCCAAUGGAAUUUUGGAAACUUGUCUAUGACACAAACGUAGUAAUUUCGAUUGUACGUUGUGUGAAUGACGUUCUGGUUGUGAAAUACAAGAAACAACAGGAAACACUCCAAAGUUUGAAGACAAGUGCCAUGCAACUUGCAUCCUUCACAACUUCGUACGCUCGUCUUCGACUUUACCGAUUUAUGGAAAUGGUUGGAGGUGAAAACAUUGUAUAUACUGACACCGACUCCAUUAUCUACGCUGUACCUGAAGACACAAAAGAUCCACUAGAAAUGGAAGUUGGGCCUUACCUCGGACAACUGACGAAUGAGGUUGAUGGCGAAAUGACAGAGUUUGUCAGUUUGGGUCCCAAAACGUACUGUUACAAGGAUAUAUCCAACGGUGAAGAGAAGAUUGUCAGAAAAGCCAAAGGAAUUACGAUGAAUUCACAAGUAGAGAAGUAUGUGAACUUUGAAAUGAUGAGAGGCUUGGUUGAUGAAGCAAUCAAGAAUACCGGAGAACGGACAGAACAUCUUAUACCUCAACAUACGAUGUAUAGGGAUAACAAUCAUCGUGUGUAUAGCCGAAAUAUUAAAAGCAAUUUGAUCAAAGAUGAUGGAUUCUCCUAUCUUCUGACAGUAAGCAACCAUCAUAAAAUGUCCCGAGAGUUACCAGAGUUAACUAAUGAUCUGAUUGUCGGUGGGACGGAUAAUACGAGUCUUCAAGAACUUCAAGAUUUAGGCGACCCGGUGGAGUUUCUAAAAGUUUUCUUGACGGCCUCAAUGAUGGGUCAACCACUAAAAGUGAAGGAUGGUUUCGAUCCGGAAGACUUGGACAAACGUUGUACCGAAUUAAUGGGAAUCACUCUGACAUGUGUCGCUAGUGCCUUGCUUGGUGCUGAAUUGCAGAAUAUUCCGAAUCGAUCGAAGACUGAAAGGACUAAGAAUGAACGACUGUAA